AUAUUUUAGCAGCUACGAUGCACGGAGAAUGAAAUCAUCGAACUCUCUGUCUUCUCCUCCUCGCUCCGAUGGAGGACUCGUCCUAUGUGCCCGCGCGUUUCGUCACGGAAGCCGGUCCCGAUGCGCUCCACAGAAUGCAAAAGUCGAUCGAGUCGUCCCGGGGCCCUGCGAGCUUCUUCACUCAGGCCGAUGCUCUCCUCCGAAAAAAUCUCAUGUUCCAGAAGCGUAAAUCCUGCACAAAUAUCUGCACCAUUCUUUUCCCAGUUCUUAUCUGUUUGCUAGUUGGUUCUUUGCAAAGUUGGGUUAACAUCCAGUUGGUGAAGUAUGGGCCCAAAUGUGAGUGCUCCUGUGUCGAAACUGAUGGGAAUGGCACAUGCAAGACAGACUCCUGUUCGCAGAACAUGAUGCCGGACCAGCUGUCCCCAUGCCCAGUCCCCAGCCCUCCAAAAUGGCCGCCUUUACUACAAGUUCCUAAGCCCAAAUAUCGUGCUACGAGAGAUGACAUUAUUCCAUUUACUGACCUUCCAGAUAAGUCAUGCAAGAGGACAAAAUCAUGCCCUGCUACUAUACUUGUAACUGGUGGCAAUCAGUCUUUUGCAAAAAGUCUGACAGACAAUUUUUUUAUGAAGAAUUCUUCUUUAAAUUUCUCAGAGUACCUGGGCACUUUUUUAUCCAAUUUCAUUCUGGGAACAGACUCACGACCUAUGCAAACGCAAUUUACUGAAGUUGCUUUCUUGCCUUUUGGAUCCUUAUAUGUGGUUCAACCUAUGUGUGCGCCGAAUUCUACGCAUUUAGUUCCCUUUCAGGUAGCUGGUUCUCCUCUUGAGAAAGUAGUUGAAUGUGUACAAGGUUUACCAUUAUGGCGCAACAAUUCAUCAGUGAUAAAUGAUGAGUUGUUUAAGGGUUACGAAAAAGGGAAUGCAGAGAAAACUACUAAUGAAAUUCUUGCAGCUUAUGAUUUCUUAAAUUCUGAUGAGAAAAUCUUAAAUGUGAAUAUCUGGUACAAUUCAACCUACAAAACCUUGAACACCAUUGGGGAGGAGCCUACAAUGCUCCGUGUUCCACGGUCAAUUAAUGUGGCCUCCAGCGCAUACCUUCAGUUCUUGAGAGGUGGUGCCAAUAUGCAGUUUGAAUAUGUUAAAGAAAUGCCCAAAUUGGGAAUGCGGAUUAUGAUUGACCUAUCUUCUUUAACUGGUGCACUAUUUUAUGUAUGGGUUAUGGAGCUUCUUUUUCCUAUCAUUUUGACAUACCUAGUCUACGAGAAGCAAUGGAAACUAAGAAUUAUGAUGAAAAUGCAUGGACUUGGGAACGGACCUUAUUGGACGAUAUCUUAUGCUUAUUUUCUUCUUUUAUCAUCGGUUUAUACAUUAUGUUUUGUGAUGCUUGGUUCGAUUACAGAUUUAAAGAUCUUCCAGUUGAAUGACUACAGCAUACAGUUCGUGUUCUAUUUCGUUUACAUAAACUUGCAGAUUGCACUAGCAUUUGUUGUUGCAAUAUUCUUUUCUGAUGUGAAAACUGCUUCAGUAAUAGCAUAUAUAUACGUAUUCGGUUCUGGCCUGCUUGGAGAAUAUCUAUUCCGGUAUUUUAUUGAAGAUACUUCCUUCUCAGGAGGUUGGAUUCUAGUAAUGGAGAUGAUUCCUGCAUUUUCCUUGUACCGUGGGAUAUACGAGUUUUCAAGUUAUGCACUUCAGGCAAGUCAUGUUGUUACUUCUGGCAUGCAAUGGAGAGAUUUAGAUGACAGACAAAAUGGAAUGAAAGAUGUCUUGGUUAUAAUGAUUGUGGAAUGGCUACUAUUGCUCCCAGUUGCAUGUUAUUUGGAUCAGGUUGUCUCAUUAGGAGAUGGGGUUGGGAAAAGUACUCUGUUUUUUUUGCCAUGCUACUGGAAGAAGCCUUCACGGUCUUUCUGCAAGCCCAUUUUACAACAACAAAAAUCUGAAGUUCUUGUAGAUUUAGAGAAGCCUGAUCUCUACCAAGAAAGACAGGUGGUUGAACAACUUCUACAAGAACCUAGUACUAGUCAUGCAAUCAUAUGUGAUAAUCUCAAAAAGGUCUAUCCAGGAAGGGAUGGAAACCCAGAGAAGCUUGCAGUUCGGGGAUUAUCUCUUGCCUUGCCUCGAGGAGGGUGUUUUGGCAUGCUUGGUCCUAACGGUGCUGGAAAAACUUCUCUAAUCAACAUGAUGAUUGGGUUUAUAAAGCCAACUUCCGGCACGGCAUAUGUUCAUGGAAUGGACAUACAAACUGAUAUGGAAAAAAUAUACACAGGAUUGGGUGUAUGCCCGCAGCAUGACUUGUUAUGGGAAACACUGACUGGCAGAGAGCACCUGUUAUUUUAUGGUCGACUAAAGAAUCUAAAGGGUGCUGCAUUGUCUCAGGCAGUUGAAGAAUCUUUGAAGAGCGUGAACCUAUUCCAUGGUGGUAUUGGUGAUAAGCCAGCUGGAACAUAUAGUGGUGGCAUGAAGAGGCGGCUUAGCAUUGCUAUUUCAUUGAUUGGUGAUCCUAAAGUCGUCUAUAUGGAUGAGCCAGGUAGUGGGUUAGAUCCAGCAUCAAGAAAAAUCUUAUGGGAUGCUGUAAAACGUGCAAAGCAGGAUCGGGCUAUUAUUCUUACUACACAUUCAAUGGAAGAAGCAGAGGCCUUAUGUGACCGGAUGGGAAUUUUCGUAGAUGGAAGUCUGCAGUGCAUAGGGAGUGCAAAAGAGCUGAAAGCAAGAUUUGGAGGAUCUUAUGUCUUGACGAUAACAACAUCAUCAAGCGAAGAGGAAGAGAUAGAACGUUUAGUUCUGCAACUCUCACCUAGAGCUAACAAGAUAUAUCAUCUGUCAGGAACCCAAAAGUUUGAAUUGCCAAGGCAGGAUGUCAGAAUUGCCGAUGUUUUUCAAGUAGUGAAGGAAGCAAAGAAAAAGUUUCCUGUAUUUGCAUGGGGAUUGGCUGACACCACCCUGGAGUAUGUCUUCAUUAAAGUUGCUAAGGGAGCACAGGCAUUUAACGAGCUUUCCUGAUCGAAGAACAACAACUCAUUUAAGACAUUUUGAUCUUAUCUUUAUCGUUUUCCUGGUCAUGGAUAGCUUCUUUCUGAUAAUCUCUUGGAGAAUCUAAUAUGCUAGUCCAAGAGAAGACAUGUUAAUUUAAUAAAAAAAAGCCAAGGUUAACUUAGGCUCCGUUUGGCA